GAAGUGGGGGCUGAAUCGCGGCCGGCGGUCCGAGUCGCGGUACUCGAGGGCGGCGGCCGCGGCCGGGCGGAGGUGUGAGGCGGAGCGUGCGAAGGUGGACGCUGGAGGAGUGGAUGUAAGAGGACAGUGGAAAAUGUCCACUGAGCAGACUUCUUGGACAAGCCUGUCCACCCUUCAAAAGGUGGCCCUGGGCCUCGGGAUCCCCGCCAGCGCAGCAGUGGCCUACAUCCUGUACCGCCGGUACAGGGAGAGCAGGGAAGAGCGGCUGACAUUCGUGGGGGACAACGACAUCGAGAUAGAGAUGCGGGUGCCCCAGGAGGCUGUGAAGCUCAUCAUCGGCCGGCAGGGAGCCAAUAUUAAACAGCUGCGGAAACAGACCGGUGCUCGGAUCGAUGUGGACACAGAGGAUGUAGGCGAAGAGUGCGUCCUGCUGAUCAGUGGGUUUCCCGUUCAGGUGUGCAAGGCCAAAGCUGCGAUCCAUCAGAUCCUGAUGGAGAACACCCCGGUGUCUGAGCAGCUCUCAGUGCCCCAGAGGUCUGUGGGCAGAAUCAUAGGGAGAGGCGGCGAGACAGUUCGUUCUAUCUGCAAGGCCUCAGGAGCCAAAAUUACCUGUGACAAAGAAUCGGAGGGGACAUUACUACUAUCAAGACUUAUCAAAAUCUCAGGGACACAGAAGGAAGUGGCAGCAGCCAAGCAUUUGAUACUGGAGAAAGUGUCAGAAGAUGAAGAGCUUCGGAAGAGAAUCGCCCAUUCUGCAGAAGCCAGAGUUCCACGCAAGCAGCCAAUCAGCGUGAGAAGAGAGGAAACAGAGUCGGGCGGCGCUGGGGAGCCAGCUCUGUGGGAAAACGCCAGCUCCGGCUCUGGCGGCAGGCAGGCUGCGGCCCUGGCGGUUCCUGCCCGCAAAGGAGGUGGUGACCCGACUGUUGUGAGACCAAAAGAGGGUUCCUGGGAGGAAGCUGAUCAUGGCUUUCAGGAGUCUGGAGCCCAGGCCAGUCCAGAGAAGUCCAUUUUUGAAAUCCCCAGUCCCGACUUCAGUUUCCAUGCUGAUGAGUACCUGGAGGUCUACGUGUCUGCGUCUGAACACCCUAACCACUUCUGGAUCCAGAUCGUUGGCUCCCGCAGCCUGCAGCUAGACAAACUCGUCAGUGAGAUGACCCAGCACUAUGAGAACAGUCCGCCGGAAGACUUGACUGCUCGCGUGGGAGACAUUGUAGCAGCGCCCUUAUCUGCAAAUGGUUCCUGGUAUCGAGCUCGGAUCCUUGGCACCUUGGAGAAUGGGAACUUGGACCUCUAUUUCGUUGACUUUGGAGAUAAUGGAGAUUGCCCGCUGAGGGACCUCAGGGCUCUCAGGAGUGACUUCCUAAGCCUUCCGUUUCAAGCCAUAGAAUGUAGUCUGGCACGGAUCGCCCCCUCAGGGGAGCAGUGGGAAGAGGAAGCGCUGGAUGAGUUUGACAGACUCACCUACUGCGCUGACUGGAAGCCACUGGUGGCCAAGAUCUCUAGCUAUGUCCAGACCGGGAUCUCCACCUGGCCAAAGAUCUACUUAUAUGAUACCAGCAAUGGAAAGAAGCUGGAUAUUGGGCUAGAAUUAGUCCGAAAAGGAUAUGCGAUUGAGCUUCCUGAAGAUGUGGAAGAAAACAGAGCUGUCCCAGACAUGUUGAAGGACAUGGCCACUGAAACAGAUGCUUCUCUCGCCAGCAUGCUGACUGAGCCCAGAAAGAGCCCUGGAGAGCUAGCACAUACCCUGUCCUGCCUCAGCUUAUCAGAAGCUGCCUCUAUGUCUGGUGACGAUAACCUUGAAGACGACUACUUACUCUGAAGCCUGGGCCUCCGCUGCCUCAGCCAUCUGCUUUGCUGAUUUGGCACAGGAUUUGCUUCUGGAGAGAAGAUGACGAUAGAUACAUGCAGUCCUUCCCUCGUUACACACUCAGUCUGGCUUGCUGUGGACCAAAUCCCUUUUCACCUUGGGGCCAAAGGAAGACGCAUACGUCCCCUUCCCGUGUCACCCACCCUGAUCCCGCCUGUGUCUUCCAGUGUUUGAAUGCCGCUGUUAGUUCCAGCUCUUCAGCCUCAGGCUGGGCCCCGUGCCAGUCACAGUGCAGACUGUUGCUAGGCCGUGUCCUUUUUGAGGCUGAGAAACAGCCACGGUUUGGUUAUUGGGAGCAGCGAUGACUGCAGACUUGUGACUCACCUCCCCAGGUGACUCUUGCUAAGGGUAGCGUUAGAGGACUGGACUCAAAGACUCAAGUUGAGUCAGAAAGAAAAGGCAAAAAUUAGCAUAAAUAUAUGAAAAAGCCUUGGGAGGCAGGACGAGAGGCCACCUCCCGUCUUCCAUUGCUGAUAUGUUACUGGAGACAGGUUCCCUAAACACUGCUCCAGCUGUUUCUUGUGAACCUUAGUUAAAAAGAAAAGGAGAGAGGUGACUCGGGAAAUAUUCUGAAUUGCUAGUAUAUUAUCUAUAUGUGUGAAAUACACUGAAAGAGAACAUACACAGUUUGGUUAAAAUCAUUUCAGGGAUUCUUUGCUAAAUAAAGUUCUCAGACUUAUCUAAAAA